CAUGUGGGCGGGGAAGAGGCAAGUGCUGAGGAGGAGGGAGUGUUCCUGCUGCUACCACCCCUGGGCCCAGCGGAAGCAGCAACAGUGCCGGGCCAUGGAGCGCCCCAUCCCCUGGCUGCUGCUGUGGGUCUGCGGUGGGCUCCCGCCAGCCGAGACCCUGAAAGUGCAAAUGAGCACUAAGCCAGUGAUGUUCUUCCUGAAUACAAGUAUCUCUAUACCAUGCUUGAUCUCUGAGUACAGUACACCACAGCUGGAUAUCAACAGUAUGAGAAUCACCUGGUAUUUAAAAACCCAAGAUACAGACCAGGAAAAAAUACUGUUUACAUUUAUAGCUGGAAGCCACCGUCCUUUUUGAGUUGGAUCUUACAUGUUAGAGAGUGAAAUAAAAAAAGGCAAUGCUGCCCUAUUUGUGACACAAAUACAGCUGGAGGAAACAGGACUAUAUAGAUGCCAAGUCACUGUCACUCCUGAUGACGCUCAAGGAACAGCUUCUUUGGAGGUAGUUGGUAAGUCAUUUGAUAAUAGCAUUUCUCAGCCAUCUGUCAGCCUGUAUCCAAAUGAAGCUACAGUAGAAAGUGGCAAGGAGAAGACCUUGACAUGUGAAUAUCCACAUUCACUUGACAUCAUGUGGAUUAAGAUUUCAAAGGAUAAUCAGAUUACUACUGUGAGAGGAGAAGAUAUCUGUAUAGAACCCUCUGUCGAAAACGAUGAUGGCACAUUUAACAGCACCAGCAAAUUAAGGGUGCAACCAUCUUUGCAAGACAAUGGAAACAUUUAUAGAUGUGUUGUGAACCACAGAUCAUUGACUGACAUCAUACUUCUGGAUGCUACCUUGACUGUCACAGUUCCUCCAAAAAUAAUACCAUUCAGGGGAAGCUUAGAAGUGAAGCAUCUGGAAGAAACUGUUUUGACUUACCGUAUUAUGGGCUUUUGUCCCAAACCAAUAACCAUGAACUUUUAUCUAAAGCAUCCACAAGAGAGAAAGGUGAAAAUUUUCUCCUGGUGUAGUGUACAAUGUGAUGCUGAAAGAGAGGAAGCAAUUCCCCUACAGGAUCAAAAGGAUCAGAAGGCUUUUAAAUUUCAGAUGCAUGUGGAAAAAGACAAAAAUGGCACUUUCACUGUUCCAUGCACUCUUCGUGUAUCUCCAAACACACGUGAGCAUAACAAGGCAGAGCUUUCAGUUGAAGUUAUUUGUGACACACUCAAAUCACAUCCUCUUGAACAAACAACACCACUCAAUGUCAUAGCUCCAAUAGCAUUGGAUUCAGUGCAGUGUUCUACAGACAAGCCAACUGCUGAGGAGUCCUUCACUCUAACUUGCAGAGCCCAUUCAUUCUUUCUUGAAACAAUUGAACUUCACUGGUAUAAAGAUGAAGAGCAACUCUCAGAAGGAACCUUCACAAGUGUUGUGACAAAGGGUUCGGAUGGGCUUUUCUUCUGCAACAGUGGAUUAGAAGUCAUUCCCAGCAUAGAAGAUUUCGGGAAAAGAUUUGUGUGCAAAGCUAAACUCAGAGGAUCACACCACUACAAAGACUCAGCUUGGCAGCUUGAAAAUAUGGCUAAGUUAAAGCUUUAUUAAAUUUCCAUUAGUAGCAUGAAAUCUCUGUACCUGUAACAGAGAUGGCCUUCUUUCAAAAGGUCAGUUGCCAUCCCUUUGUCACUUUAUAACACUCAGCAGUUCAUCAUAGAUGAAUAGAGACAAUCCAAGGCAAAAAGUCAAAGGCACUACUAAAGCCAUAGAGAAUUGCAUAAAAAAGAAGUUACUGUUGCUGAAGCUUUACCCAUGGAUAAAUUUCAGCUUAAUGCUGUGGCUACAUUAGGAAGACAGGUGUAAUUUUCAGCACUUUAACUAACGCAGUUAAAAGUGAGAAUAUACAAGACAGUUUUGGCAUUUGGGCACCCAGGGUCAAUUUCAGUUAGCAAACGUACUAAAAAUACAUCUUGCCUUGCCCAUACUAUGAUUUUACCACCUGAGCAAUCCUAUUAAGUUGUCUGUGUGUAGGGAGGCUGUCUCUCUCAGGUAUAGGUAUGAACUAUCUAUCCUAUACCUGGUCUAGAUUAGGAUCAGUACAUCCUGUUUUCUUUCCAGCACAUUAGAUUUCUUCCUUCAGAUUUUCUUUGAAUAUCCCAUUUUAUUACCAAAAUGCCUCUUCUGAUGUCAGAUUUCUAAACAAAACUGCAUCCGUGCAGUUGUUUUUAAAAACUAUUUCCCUCUGAUACCUACAACACCACCAUCAAAAACACCCUAUCAUACAGAAACAGGACAUGUUUAAUUUUUCAAAGUGUUUUUCCUGGAAACUUUUUUUACAUAAAUUAGAAGAACAUACUAGUAAAUAGAACACACUUCCCUGGAAGUAGUACUUCCUGUUUCUGUGAGAUUCUCAGAAUUUCCACCUCUUGAGUUUCUCUCUUUCAGUAUUACUCUGGUUUUCAUUCCUGUCUUCAUCUAACCUUCCUCAUAUAGUCACUGUUAUCAUGCCACUGAGAAUGAACAGACAGAUGUUUGGAAACACAGUGGAAAAAUCUGCUCUUUUGCUUCAGUGUUCUUUCAGCUUUGUGAAAAUGUUACAUUCUUUCUUUUUGCUGUUUUACUUGCAGUAUGCAAACCACAAAUCUCAGAAAUUGUGUGCACACCCCAAAUCCCUGAGUAUGGAAAGCCUAUCACAUUAUCCUGCAUGGUGACAAGUUUCUUCCCUGCAUGCUGUCAGAUAUACUGGAUGAGAGGUUUUGAAAGAUUCACAGCUGCUGAAGUUAAAACACAAGGUCCCUGGCUGAUGGCAACAAAACUUUAUUACAAAGAAAGCCAAGUCACAUUUACACCUAAACAAGACGACCAUGCUGCACAGUUCACUGUUGAAGUUGCACAUUGCAGCAGUACUACAAGAAAGUCCUAUUCUCUCAACUUGAAAGGUUUUCCAAAAGUUACAGAUAUUGUCCUUAGUCCAAGUGAGCCAGAGUAUGGAGAACUCGUCUUUACUCUGUAAAGUGAGUGAUUUCUGUCCCGAAGAUACUAAAUUCCAGCAGUUACUAGAAGAGGAGGUAAUCAAACAAGAGCUACUGCACAACUCAAGUAACUCCUUGCCCCUAAACUCUGUGCUUCAAAUAACACCGACAGCUUCCAUGUUUGGCAAAAAAAUUUCAUUCAAAGUAAUGUAUGAAGCCCUGGAAAAACCCAUCACAAAAGAUAUAUUUUUAAGACUUCCAGCAAAGUCCCCUGUUGUCUCAGAGAUAAGAAAAAUUCCUUCACAAACCAUAGCCAAGAAGACUGCCUGUCUUGAAGUUUUCAUUUCAAAUUUUGUACGUAAGGACAUCAGAAUCAUAUGGUAUAAAGACUGGACAGAGCUAUCUGAAACCAACCAAGUUACUAAAACUGAAAUCGGACAAAAUGGAUUAUAUUUUUGCAUGAGCAAACUACAGGUUUCUACAAAGGCAUCAGAGAAUAUUAAAGUAAUAAGAUGUGAGGUUAUUCAUCCAGCAACUCAGUGCUGUGUAGAGAGAGCCUUUCUGCUGAGUCCUGCAGGUAAAUUGUAUUGUUUUAUUUUUGGUUUGUUAUCUGCUAAAGGAUAGUCUGAGUUUGCAUACUAAUUUGCAAAUACUCAAACCUAUUUCAGUAUGGCUGAAUAAUGGCAUAAGAUAUUCCUCAAAGCUAUUAAAGGUAUUGGAGUCUUAUCUAAAGAAGAUUAGACCUCUAAAUAAGUAUUUCUGUAUGUCAGAAUAAUGUGGAAGUUAUCUAGUUUUCUAUCCCAGUUAUGCACUGAAUGAGCUAUAGCCAAUCCUUAAACUUCAAAAAUUAACUAAGAGAUCUUUCCCCUUGUAACUCACUAAGGAUCAACUCACACCUUUCAGCUAAUGCUGACCAGUGCUUGUUGUAAGCUCUUUCAGAAAGUGAGAUGUGAGUGCCUGCACUCCACUUUAAAAGUCUAGAUGCAGUUCAGAGAAUGUAAUUCUAAUUAAAGUCAGUAAAAAGACAUCUAUUGAAUUUAACAUACUUUGACUCACAGAGAAACUACUCCAAUGUGAAAACCAGUGAUUGCUAAAUAAUAUGGAAUGAGAAUAUACUGUUAAAAAUGUUGCAGAGUGGUAUAAAUUUGGUAUUACUUUUUUAAAUGCAAGAUUGUGCAUUUUUCUAUUGAUACAUUAGCUCCCUUUACAAUAAGUCAGUAUAAGAUUACUAUUGUAAGAAAUUGUAUUUCUUCCUACUUUGUAGCAGGAUUUAAGAAGGCUGCUAAUAAAUCGUGUCUGACUGCAAAUGGGUGCCACACAGAACCCUUGAAGAGUAAGAAUUACUUUUAAAACAAAGCAAAGUUAUAAAGGCCAUUCUAAUGACAACAAUCCAGAGCAUAUUUUUCACCUCACCAGGCAAACAUUAUCAGAAGGUAUGAGAAGAGGGAGAAUGGCUUAUGCAGUAAGUUCACGCCUAUUAUCUCCUACAAGGCUCUUAAUUUGCAUAGAAGGGCAGAAAUAGGCAGGAUGUGUAUUGACCAUCGCUAAUACAGAGGAUUUGUCUACAUAUUAACACUAGUAGUUGUUACACAAAGACUUUUUGCAGCAGAAGGCACCUGAGGGAGGCAGUGAGGGAUCUCUAGCAGUCCAGACAAAUGGAGAAAUUCACAGAGACCCAUGAGCCCACCGUAGUCGCACAUAUGGGCCUGCCUGAGGCCAAGUGCAAACAAGGGAAAUGAGCAGGCAGAGUCUUUUAUCUAUACCACUGUCUCUUCUGGUGGUUAUCUGGUGUUACGGGACAUCAGUGAAAUGUGAAAAAUUACCAUUUGAAUGGUAGAACACAACCAUGCCAACAUGACAUGGUGCUGCGACUUUUAUCUUCUUCUCUCACUCUCUUUUUAAAAAACACAGAUUCUAGUCCUCAUCAAGAGGCAGCCACCACUUUGAAGAUAAAGUGCGUUACUGAGCAUCCACAGGCUGGUGAGGAUGUAACAUUUCAGUGCUGUGCACCUGGAAGGAAUAGAGGCAGUGUGGUUUUUGUUGCCUGGUUUAAGGAUCUAUUCCCAAUUGAGGAAGAAGUAAAAAACCCAGACUCUGAGGAUGGAUCUGGUUUCAUUUCCUGCGUAACUUUCAAAACAGAAAAACAAAGCAAAGAAUAUAGGAUCAGAUGUGAGGUUUCUACUGAAGAUGAAACUUUUGAAGAAACCUAUGUUUUAAAACUUGAUUGAUUUCCAAGUAACAAAGAUAACAGACUUUCUUCAGUGAGGAAAGAUCUGCAUAAAAUGUGCAAAAUAGAAGACUACAUAAAAGUAGAAACACUUAUGAUGCUGUUGAGACAUCUUGAAAAGUAAUAUUGUAAUUUAAGAGUUCUGACUGACUAUGGCAUGCUGUGGGUUUUUUUUUUUUGGCUUUUUUUUUUUGUUUUUAAUUCUCUUAUUUCUUAGACUUUUCAUGAACACAACAGAAGGGAGAUACUUCUCAGGCUCUAUGAAAAUGAAAGGCCAAGAAAAAGUAGGGAAAAAAUCAAAUAAAGGAGUAACAGCUUUGCAGCAACAAAAAAGAAGACACAAAAGAACGAUCUUACAAACUAAAUUAUCUUGUCCAUCAACUAAUUUUUUAUACAUAUAUCAAAUGCAUCUAUGUAAUAAAGCAGAUAGAUUUUAAGUGUAAAGAUUUCAGCUAUGGAUGUCCAGACAACACUUGACAGAAGAAAGUUUUGAAGAGUAUAAUAGCUAUUUCCUACAGAGAUGUUUCUAAAGAUACAGCUAUUGCCUUUAGAAAAACAUCUAUUUACAAACAGUAAUUCUAGGUAAGUCCUAAGGAAGUAUUAUGUAUCCCUGUGGUUUCUGAACCCAGGUUUUCUGAACCUAUUGUUCUUUUGAAUUAAGCUACCCUCAUUUUUUCAGUGACCAACAUGCCUAUGGAGCGCUAAUCAUGUUAGUAAAGUAUUAUUGGUGUUGGCUGUGGAGGAUGGUCGCUUUACCCUCAGGUCAAAACUUACCACUGCUUCACAGAAUAAAGUUGGUCUCAGGGCACUACCUGCUCCAACAAAAUCUAUACAUUUUGCUAGAAGAAUGGGCUCAUCUUAUUCCUACUCAUCUUGCUGAUCCUCUGCUCCCCCCCCCCCCCGCCUCCUCCAUGAAAGCAGUAUUACCUUGCCAGUUUUGCCCCCCCCAGCUUUAAAGCCAAAGCAGAGCUAGCAGCACUUGAAAAAUCCAUCUGAGCCAGAGGCAGGAUGCUGAAAGUACUGUCCCUGCUACUCACAUGCCCUCACCAGUGGAUAGCAGGAGCUUGACAAACAGGAUUGAAUGACCUCAAACCAAGACAUAAAUAUUCCAGUCACUCCAACAUUGCAGCAUAUAGGCAUAUCCAAUAUGCACAAGAGCCAUAUUCUCUCAGGUCAAAGAAGAAAAAAUAAAACAAGAUUUUACUCACAAGCUGGAAGAAGAGAGGGUCACAGCCAGCAGAAGUGAGGGACAAAAGCACUGGCUUUGUGGCAAAGCUGACCCCCACCAGAUGCAAGGGCCCAGCCACAAGCAGAGGGUGCUCAGAAAUGCCCUUGGAGGAGGGGCAGAGCUACUGACUCAGGCACACCCAGAGGCUGCUGGAGGGGAAGGGGUGAGACAUUUAACAUAAAACGUGGGAACAGCUUCAUUCUUGCUGCAAAGGCAGCAUCAGGUGCUAUUUGGGUCAGCUGCCUGCCUCUUUGACCUCGGAGUACUGAACCCUAAUAGGAAAAUCCUGGCACUGAUGAACUCCCUGGCAAAACUUGCUUGGAUUUACAGGCCCAGGAUUUAACAUGGGGGACCUGAUUUGAAACUCGCUGAAGUCAAGGACUCUUAUUACCCUCGUUGACCUGGGAUGCACUCUUUGUGCCUUAACUCUAAGCAUAACUGAUCAAAAUGACUAAUAACACCAACAACAAUGCUAUUUA